UCUCGAUGCGAUGCACAGCCUGAACCGAACCUACACCACUCGCACGGCACGGUCGAGCCCUUCGAGUCCCGACUCCGUCGCAUCCCCAUCUUCUCGAAAUCUCCACCGGUGAUCGCCGUCCUCUUCUCCGCCGGCAAUAGCCAUCCUCACCUCCACUCUCAUCUUAUGUACUCCUAGAAACCUUAGAGCUUGCCGUACAGUCUGUCCGGACUCUCAGCAUAGCUAGGCCAUGCUUCCCAGCGACCUAAGACUAGAGAAAGCGUCUCCCUCUUUCCAUGGCUCCCACUCUCCAACACCGGCGACUGAUUCUCUGAGAUCCGGUUAAGUUGAGCUGCGGAAGGAAUCAGUCCGACAAUUCAGCAGGAAACCAGCUCCUGAGCUGCUUCACGAAGCCACCGGUCACUUCUGGCAGUAAACGAAGCCGACACAAAGGAAGAGCCUUUAAACCCUAUCGAGCUAAUAAAAGGUAAAAUCUUCAGUUGCGUAUUCUUAUUGAGCUGGAGCGAUUGCUUUGGCCCCCUUUCCCCUGCGAUGGCGCGGCGGGAAGAGAAGCUACGGUGCACGAAAGAACCUUUCAUCGAGGACGUAGGCCCUCGGCGGAUAAAGAGUAUUAAGUUUAGCGCGUUCUCCGGCGAGGAAAUAAGGAAGUUGGCGGAAGUGCAGGUUUGGAAUAACAGAAUCUAUGGUGCCGAUUUGAGGCCCGUUCAGAAUGGCCUGCUUGAUACUCGCAUGGGUGCAGCAAACAAGGCUGGAGUUUGUUCUACAUGCCAUGGCAAUUUUACAGAGUGUCCUGGGCAUUUCGGGUACCUAAAGUUGACACUUCCUGUUUUCAACGUUGGCUAUUUCAAUUCUAUACUGAACAUCUUGAAGUGCAUAUGCAAGGUCUGUGGUAGGAUACUUCUCGUCGAGGAUGAUCGGAAGGCUUUUUUGAAAAAGAUGAGAAAUCCUAAAGCUGAUAUAUCUAUGAAAAAUUCUCUUAUGAAGAAAAUUAGAGACAAGUGCAAACUUUCUAUUUGUCCAUGGUGUGGAAGUAAAAAUGGAGUUGUUAAAAAAGCUAGAUCUUCGUUAGCCAUUGCUCAUGAUUUUUCUAGAACCAUUGAUGGAAGCAGAGAUGAAGUUGCUGCUGCAAUGUCUCACAUCAGUGGCAAAGUUUUGCAAAUUGGGCACACUCUAAGUCCUGUUAAUGUAUUCUCUCUUUUCAAAAAAAUGCUUGAUGAGGACUGUGAAUUGCUUAAUCUUUCUGAUAGACCUGAGAAAUUUAUUGUGACAAACAUUGCUAUACCACCUGUGAGCAUCCGUCCUUCUGUUUUUGUUAAUGCUGGAGUUUCAAGCAACGAGGAUGGUAUUACUAGCAUUCUGAAAAAUAUUAUUAACACCAAUUCUAUUCUUCGAGAGGACCUUGAAGGUGCUUCACCCCCACCAAAAUGUUUGGAAUGCUGGGAUCACCUUCAAAUUCAAGUUGUUGAAUAUGUUAACAGUGAAGCCCCUUCAAUUCCCGAUUCAAAACAUCGUGGCCUUGUUCAGAGGCUUAAAGGGAAGCAAGGGCGUUUUCGUGGUAACUUGUCUGGAAAACGUACUGAAUUUACUGGAAGAACUGUCAUUUCUCCAGAUCCAAAUUUGAAAAUUACUGAGGUUGCAAUCCCUAUGCUUAUGGCAAAGAAAUUAACUUACCCAGAACGGGUAUUUGCUCAUAACAUAGAAAAAUUGAGACAACGGAUAUGCAAUGGACCUGACAAAUACCCAGGGGCAAACUUCCUUUUACUACCAGAUGGAGCCAGACGGCAUUUAAGAUAUGUGGACAAGAAAACUGCCGCUAGUGAACUAAAACAUGGUUUUAUAGUAGAAAGGCAUUUGGAAGAUGGAGAUGUCGUUCUUUUUAACAGACAGCCAAGUCUGCAUAGAAUGUCAAUUAUGUGCCACAGGGCAAGAAUAAUGCCUUGGAGAACAUUGAGAUUUAAUGAAUCUGUUUGCAACCCUUACAAUGCUGACUUUGAUGGUGAUGAGAUGAAUUUACAUGUCCCUCAAACAGAAGAAGCACGCACUGAAGCUCUUACUCUUAUGGGGGUUCAAAAUAACUUGUGCACUCCAAAGAAUGGGGAGAUAUUAGUUGCUUCAACACAGGAUUUCCUGACUUCGUCAUUUCUGAUUACGCGGAAAGAUACCUUCUAUGAUCGAGCUACAUUCUCUCUUUUGUGUUCCUACCUGGGUGAUGCUAUGGAUUCUGUUGAUUUGCCUACGCCAGCCAUUAUGAAGCCUGUUGAACUAUGGACUGGGAAGCAACUUUUCAGUGUUCUUGUGCGUCCUAAUGCACACACAAAGGUGUUUGUUAAUCUUAUAGUCAAAGAGAAAAUAUAUACAAGAGAGACAAUGUAUAGAAAAUAUGAGACCAUGUGUCCUAGUGAUGGAUAUGUAUAUUUUCGUAACAGUGAGCUUAUAAGUGGGCAGCUUGGGAAGGCUACUCUAGGAAAUGGUAACAAGGAUGGCCUAUUCUCUGUUCUCUUAAGAGACUAUAAUUCUCAUGCUGCUGCAAGUUGUAUGAAUCGUUUGGCUAAGCUAAGUGCUAGGUGGAUAGGGAACCAUGGAUUUUCAAUUGGCAUUGAUGAUGUCCAGCCAGGAGAACAUCUCACUUCGCAAAAGAAGAGAAAAAUUGAUGAUGGAUACAGAGAAUGCUAUGACCUUAUUUCUUCAUAUAGCAAAGGAAAACUUUCAUUGCAGCCUGGUUGCAAUGCAGCUCAGACCUUGGAACUUAAGAUAACAAAUGUAUUAAAUGAAAUACGAGCUACUGCUGGAAAUGUUUGCAUGGAUGAACUCCACUGGAGAAACAGUCCCUUAAUUAUGUCACAGUGUGGCUCUAAAGGUUCUCCAAUCAAUAUCAGCCAGAUGGUAGCAUGUGUUGGUCAACAAUCAGUUGGGGGCCAUCGUGCUCCUAAUGGAUUUAUAAAUCGAACUCUUCCACAUUUCACUAUUAAUUCAAAGACUCCAGCUGCUAAAGGCUUUGUUGCUAAUUCAUUUUACACUGGCUUGACGGCUACGGAGUUCUUCUUCCAUACAAUGGGUGGACGAGAAGGUCUUGUGGACACAGCAGUAAAAACAGCAGAAACCGGAUACAUGUCUCGGAGAUUGAUGAAAGGCAUGGAAGAUCUCUCCAUUUAUUAUGAUCAGACAGUGCGCAAUGCUAGUGGUGGUGUAGUACAGUUUGUUUAUGGAGAUGAUGGCAUGGAUCCUGCAAAGAUGGAAGGCAGGGAUGGUAUUCCCUUAAAUUUGGAUCAAUUGUUUAUGAAGAUUAUGGCAACUUGCCCUCCUGGAGAAAAGAACAUGUUAUCUCCCUUAGAAAUUUCAAAAAUUGUGGACGACAGAUUGGCAAAGCAUGAUAUGUCACCUGAGGGUGGUUGCUCUACUGCCUUCAACAAAUUGUUGUCUAAUUUUGUCCAUAAACGUGCUGCUGCUUUUGCAAACACAAGGAAAUCACUUCAACUUGAUGAAGCUGUUGUAGAGGAGAAGCGUUCCACUGCAUUGGAAAAUAUUGUUGCUAAUAUAUCAGGAAUUUCUUCUAGACAACUGGAGGUUUUUCUAGAGACAUGUAUAUCACGAUAUCAUUCGAAAAAAGUGGAAGCUGGAGCAUCAAUUGGUGCAAUUGGAGCCCAAAGCAUCGGAGAGCCAGGGACUCAAAUGACAUUAAAAACUUUUCACUUUGCUGGAGUUGCUAACAUGAAUGUCACUCUUGGAGUUCCGCGUAUCAAGGAAAUAAUAAAUGCUGCAAAAAACAUAAGCACACCGAUUAUUACUGCUGCACUUGAAAAUGAUAACAACGUCAUUUUUGCACGCAUGGUGAAAAGCUCAAUCGAGAAAACAACCCUAGGGGAAGUUGCCAAAGCAGUAAAGAUAGUGUUGGGCUCAGGUCAACCAUAUAUAUCUAUAAAACUUGACAUGGACCUAAUUGAAGCAUUACAUAUGGGGCUCACUGCUGAAUCUGUUCGUCACUCAAUCCUGAAUCAUCCAAAAAUAAAACUAAAAGAAGAGCAUGUAUACAGUGCAAGACAUGGCAAGUUGAAAAUAUACACCCCAGAAGUUGAUAGAAGAAAGCUCCUGUCUGAACUACACAACUUAAAAUCCAUGCUCCCAAAGGUUGUUGUGAAGGGCAUCCCAUCUGUCGAGCGAGCAAUUAUCAAUGAAAAGAAAGUUGACAAUGAAAAGAAGGUAGAAUACAGCCUAUUGGUUGAAGGGACAAACCUUUUAGGUGUCAUGGGAACUCAGGGAAUCGAUGGAAGAAAAACAACAAGUAACCAUGUCAUUGAAGUUCAGCAGACACUCGGAAUUGAAGCUGCAAGGAAGUGCAUCGUUAAUGAAAUUCAGUAUACCAUGCGAAGCCAUGGCAUGAGUAUCGAUCUUCGCCACAUGAUGCUCCUGGCGGAUCUUAUGACUUAUAAGGGUGAAGUUCUCGGGAUUACAAGAUUUGGCAUUUCAAAAAUGAAAGAAAGUGUUCUGAUGCUUGCUUCCUUUGAGAAAACUGCCGAGCACCUGUUCAAUGCUUCCUAUGCCGGUAGGGAUGAUCGCAUCGAGGGAGUGAGCGAGUGUAUCAUAAUGGGCAUCCCCAUGCAACUCGGUACCGGAAUACUUAAACUCAGACAAAGGGUCGAAAAACUGCCCGAACUCAAGUACGCAUCCGAUCCAAUUAUACCCUGAAAGCUUUAGUCAAGCAGCACUUGUGUUCAUCAAUCCGGUACAGGACGACGCAGCGCAGAGAGCCACCGGAGGUAUAUCAUUCGGUGCAGAAUUGGCAAUUUGUCAUGCUCACUGCACAGUGUAAUGUAUAAUCUAGAUAGUUAUUCUAAUAAGAUAGUUUACUUAAUGGAAAUGCAUUUCUCCCAA